UUCUGAGGUGUAUGUUAUCGGUGAGGAACAAUUUUAAGUGCGCUGCAUAAAUGUAAAAGUAGACGGUCGUUGCAUAAACAAACAACUGCAAAUAAAUAUAGUGAUCUUGCGCCUUCUUCUUGAACGAACUUCAGCUGGGUACUCCGUGCAGCAAACUGAAUCACAACCGUCAGAGACAGAGGCAGCACUCGCUGGGCGACCAUAUGGGUGGCAACAGUGCUGGAGCCAAUAAUGCCAGCGCGUUUAGCGCCGGAGGUUACAUCGGCCCCACCAGUAGCCAACACAGUUUGGGAGCAGCCGGAGGCAGCGAUCUGAUACCUGGACCCAUUGGGACUGGCUCCGUGUCCUUGGGCGUGUCCUCAUACGCCUAUGGUGGGACCAGUUGGGAGGAGUUCUGCGAGCGGCAUGCUCGAGUGGCGGCCUCGGACUUUGCCAAGGCCUGCAUUACGUACAUCAACGGGAACCUGCCGCCCGAGGAGGCGCGCAACAUACAGCAUCGCAGCUUUUCACAGAAAUUCGUGGAAUCAUUUGCGAUCCACUACGACACGGAGUUCUUCAGGCGUCGAAGCACUCUGAAGAUUGGCGCCGGUUCGUUGGACUUUGACGAGGAGCACGAGGUGCCGCGUCUGUUGUCCAAGUCGCUGCUGCGGCGACUCUCCUUCAAAGGACUGCGCAAGGGCAAGUUCCCCCUCCUGCAGGCCUUCUUCCACAAGAACCCGGACGACGUUGACGGCAGUGGCAAACAGAACAAGACCAAGCUGGCCAAGAUCGUGGUCGAGUGCCGCAAGGAGGGCUACGUAAAUAACCUGACGCCCGAAAGUCUUGACCAGCCGACCGGCUCACAAAAGUGGGAGAAGUGCCGCCUGGCCUUGGUCAAGGCUGUUGGCGGCUAUAUGUUGGAGUUUUACUCGCCGCCAAAGUCCGCCAAGCCCCGCAGCGGUGUCUUCUGUUUCCUAAUAUCGGAGGCACGCGAGACUACAGCUUUGGAGAUGCCCGACCGCCUCAAUACGUUCGUUCUGAAGGCGGACAACAACAUGGAGUAUGUGAUCGAGGCGGAGAGCGCCGAGGAGAUGCGCAGCUGGCUGGCCACCAUUCGGUAUUGCAUGCGUACACCACCCACCCAGCAGCCUUUGAUCGAAUCGGACGUUAUAGCGGCGGCUAUGCAGACCUCGCCGACAAAUCCCUCGGGUAGCAGUGCCUUGGGUGGCAUACAGAAUCCCCAAUACCAGCAGCAGAGCGGUCUGGGGGGCUCCAAUGGCAAUUUGGUAGUGGGCGGUGGGAUCGCUAUUUCCUCUUCGCUGUCGGCGGACAGUGCAUUGGCCUCUGCUGCCAUUGGCCAUGGUGCCAUAUCCGCCAGCGACAUAAAUGCCAUCAAUGAACUGGGCACCACACCUCCGUCGGGACCGCCGGAGAUACCCAUGCGACCGCAUCGCGGCGAGCAGCGUCUGUCGGCCUCCAGCAAUUUCGAUGGUGUCGAACUAACCGAGAACGAUGCGGAUGUGAAUGUGGCAGAUUUAACGGCUGAGAUGAGCCUCUUUCCCUGGUUUCAUGGCACGCUGACCAGAUCGGAGGCGGCACGCAUGGUCCUGCAGUCGGAGGCUGCCGGACAUGGCUACUUUUUGGUGCGGCAGAGCGAGACGCGGCGCGGCGAGUUCGUGCUGACGUUCAAUUUCCAGGGAAGGGCCAAGCACCUGCGGCUGACUAUUUCGGAGAAGGGCCAGUGCCGGGUGCAGCAUUUGUGGUUCCCCUCGAUACAGGAGAUGCUUGAACACUUUCGCCAUAAUCCAAUUCCCCUUGAAUCGGGCGGCACCUCUGACGUGGUCCUCACCGACUGGGUGCACAAUACCAGCAGACUGAAUGAUCCCUCAACUUCGGCAGCUUCAAUGGCGGCAGGAGGUGCAAGUGCAGGUGCUGGUGGAGGAGGAGCGCACGAUACGCAUUACGGCCAGCAGCAUCAUGAUUCAUCAGCGGCGGGCGGUGCGCCAAGCAAUGGAAAUGGAAACGGGAAUGGUCAUGGAGGAGCAGGAGGAGGAGCAGCAGCUGGCGGGGGCCAUCCGUCGCCGAGACAUUGCAACGAAGUGAUUACCAUGAAUCUAAGUGUUCGCCUAAAGACAAACGAAAUCGAACUGCCUUUGGAGCAGCCAACUCACGUCUAUUUUCCGGAGCAAGCCUACUUUCCAUUGGACCCCACAACGCUCACGGUGCACAGUUCGCCGCCAGCUGGGCACAGCAGCUUCCUCGAUCAGCCGCAUCUGCGGGCAUCCAACGCCUCAUUACAGGGCUCUUCAGGACACCAUCAGCAACUGCAGCAACAGAAUCAGUCGGGCCAGGGCGGAGGAAUUGCCAGCGGUAGCGGCGCUAACGGCAGCGGGAAUGAGGGCAACGGACGUGCCGUCGACAAUCAGUAUAGCUUCACUUGAAUCCCUGACCUGGAUGGGAUUGGGUUUGGGGAAGGAUUGGAUACAUUGCGGAAAUUUAUCAUUGUGCCAUUUGUCUUGAGAAGGGGAAGACAUCUUUGUGUUUUUAUUGCAUUACAAGGGGAUGUCUCGUUUAUUGUAUAUCGUGUAGUCUUUUCUUAGUUGCGUGUCUGUAUCCGUGUCCCGUUUUCUUCUCUGUCUUUGCUUUCUCACUUGUUUCUUUUUAGUAUAGUAGCAGAUCCUUUCGAAGACAUGAAGUAACUGCAUAUUUCUAUGUAGACAUUAUUAUAUUAUAGCUAAAUGUGUGUUCAUUUUUAAGUACAUCGAUGUUGUAUGUAUAGAAGAAACAAAAAAAAACCUAAGGGAAAAACUAAACAGAAAAUAUGGAAAAUACUUAAAAAAAUUAAGAUUUAUGUGGCACCAAAGGUGCGACUCAAGCGAAUCCUAAAACUUCCUGCUUUACAAAA